GUAAAGUGUUGCAAGUGGAAGAUGACCUGGUGAUUUCUUUCCAGUUGUUGCUGUGUGUUUUAGAUUAUUUUAUCAAACUGUCACCUCCUGCUAUGCUCAAGGAACCAUACAAGUCUGCUGUGACUGCAGUGACUGUUAAUGGUUCAGCUCGAACUCCAAGAAGAGGUCAGAACAGGAGUACACGUACUUCAAAGCAAAUUGAUACCGAUACAAAAGUUAUUGAAGUCCUUUGUAAAGAGCAUGAUUGUAAUUUAGAUGAGGUCAAAAAUGUGUAUUUCACAAGCUUUGUUCCCUUCUUGAAUUCUAUUGGUAUUGUAGCUUCGAAUGGACUACCAGAGGUUGAGGUUCUCUCGAAACAGUAUGACGAGCUCUAUCACAAAAACAAAGAUAUAGAUGCAAGAUUAUUUCUGGAUCACGAUGAAACUCUACAGCCUGAUGUCAUAGCAUGCUCACAGCUGGAGAGGACACCACUAAAAAACAAUCCAGAUGAGGAACUUAAUCUUAUACUUCCACAGACUCCUGUUCGAGCUGUAAUGAAUAACAUUCAGCAACUGAUUAUGAUUUUAAACUCAGCAACUGAUAAACCAUCAGAUACUCUCAUCAUGUAUUUCAAUAAUUGCACAGUGAACCCUAAGGAUAGUAUCCUGAAAAGAGUGGAAAGUCUUGACCACGUCUUCAAAAAGAAAUUUGCUGAAGCAGUUGGACAGGGAUGUGCUGAAAUUGGCUCACAGAGAUACAAGCUUGGAGUACGUCUGUAUUACAGAGUAAUGGAGUCUAUGCUAAAGUCGGAGGAAGAGCGCCUCUCAGUGCAGAAUUUCAGCAAACUUCUGAAUGAUAACGUCUUCCACACAUCUCUUCUGGCAUGUGCUGUUGAGGUUGUCAUGGCUACAUAUGUCAGAAAUGCUUCACAAGGUGAAGGUACCAGUGCUGAAACAGACUUGUCUUUCCCAUGGAUUCUCAAUGUGUUUGAUUUAAAAGCUUUUGACUUCUACAAGGUGAUUGAAAGCUUUAUUAAAGCAGAGCCAAGCCUAACAAGGGAAAUGAUAAAGCAUCUAGAACGCUGUGAGCAUCGAAUUAUGGAGUCUCUUGCUUGGCAAUCUGGGUCACCUCUGUUCGAUCUUAUCAAGCAGUCAAAAGAACGAGAAGGCCAAACUGAUCAGCCGGAGCCCACUUCCACUCUCAAUCUGCCUCUCCAACAUAAUCAUACUGCAGCAGACCUCUAUCUUUCUCCUGUGAGAUCUCCUAAGAAGAAAGCAGCUGGACCUCCUCUAAGUGCUACUUCCACUCCAGAUGCUCAGCCAGCUGUGACCCCCCAAACACCGAAACCACAGAAAUCUACCUCCCUCUCUCUGUUCUACAAAAAAGUGUAUCUACUGGCCUAUCUCCGACUACAUACCCUGUUCUUUCGGCUUCUCUCUGAACAUCCUGACCUGGAACCCUUGAUCUGGACACUCUUCCAGCACACACUGCAAAAUGAGUAUGAACUUAUGAGAGACAGGCACUUGGACCAGAUCAUGAUGUGUUCUAUGUAUGGCAUAUGCAAAGUAAAGAAUGUAGAUCUUAGAUUCAAAAUAAUAGUUUCGGCGUAUAAGGAACUUCCCAACACAAAUCAAGAGACUUUCAAACGUGUUCUUAUCAGGGAAGAACAGUAUGACUCCAUUAUAGUCUUCUACAACUUAGUGUUUAUGCAGAAGCUGAAAACGAACAUUUUGCAGUAUGCCUCCAACAGGCCUCCCACUCUGUCACCUAUCCCACACAUUCCUCGCAGCCCUUACCAGUUUUCCAACUCUCCUCGGCGUGUCCCUGCUGGCAAUAACAUCUACAUCUCACCCUUGAAGAGCCCAUACAGAUUCGCUGAUGGGUUUCAGUCACCCACAAAGAUGACUCCAAGGUCCAGAAUUUUGGUGUCAAUUGGUGAAUCAUUUGGGACUUCUGAGAAGUUUCAAAAAAUAAACCAGAUGGUGUGCAACAGUGACUGCCAGCUAAAACGCAGCGCAGAAGUAAGUGCUGCUCCUAAGCCACUGAAGAGGCUGCGCUUUGACAUAGAAGGGCAAGACGAAGCAGAUGGAAGCAAACACCUACCCCAGGAGUCCAAGUUCCAACAAAAGCUUGCAGAAAUGACAUCUACUCGAACAAGAAUGCAAAAGCAGAAACUGAAUGAUGGAAAUGAUACCUCAGCCAGUGAAGAAAAGUGAGAUUCUUCUCAGGACCAGGGGCUGCACUGCAGGCCCUCUUAGCUUGUUUUUGUUUUACAGCCUUCAUUGAGUUGCUUUUUUAGUUGCUUUUUAUUCCGAACUGCUAGUUGAAAGCGUUUGGACUUUUUAAAUUUUUAAAUGUUAUUCAUGAUACUUUGCCUUAUGAUGUAGCAUAUAUACAAUGUAAGCCACUGAAUUUAAUUUAUAUAUUUUUUUGAGGAUUUUAAAAACAGACUUGGAAGGUGUCUCAGUUUCCUAUUGCAACAUUACUGAUUUAAGCCAAUGCAGUCUACUUGGAUUGAAUUUUUCUGU